AGAGAUCACAGCAGAGUAAAACACGCCUCAGAUGAGAGAAUAAAGGACUUACUAAGUCAUCAACUUUGAGAAUGCUGAUGAACCACACAAACCAAACAGAGGAUGACCUUUCCUGCUACAGUCCGUCAGUCGUUGGCUACAGAUAUUUUGCUGUGGUGUGGGGUUGUGCUGUGACCAUCACUGGUACACUGGGGAACCUGAUGACCAUUCUAGCCUUUGCCUCAGACGCACACCUGCGGACUCGCUUCAAUGUACUCAUUGUCAACCUGGCUGUGGCUGACCUCCUGUACUGCACCAUACUGCAGCCCAUCUCAGUUGACUCCUAUCUGCACCUACGGUGGCGCAGUGGCCAGCUCUGGUGCAGGAUCUUUGGGCUGCUCCUCUUGAUCACCAACUCUGUGUCCAUCAUCACCCUGUGCCUGAUAGCAUUUAGCAGAUACCUCCUGGUGGCAAAAAGGGCCAUGUUUGACCGCAUCUUCUCCAAUCAAGGUCUUACCUUACUCCUGAUCUCAGUGUGGGCAUUAUGUCUGGCCAGCUAUGGCCCUCUCUGGUCUGUUUACAUGUUUGUGCCACAGGUGUGCAUGUGCAGCUUCCAUCAGACAAGAGGCCGUCCUUACACUACCAUCCUGCUUGUUGUCUACUUUGUUGGGGGUCUGGGCUGUAUUGGCUCAUUCAGCAUUCUCAUUUACAACCAUGUCAGGACUGCAUCACAGGCUUUGCUCCAAUACAGAUUAAGCCACCAGUCAUCCAGAAGGACUCAAGUUUCUUCAUCCCAAGGAACUUGUGAAAGUGGUGCAGAAAGUGGUAUGACCAACACAUUUAAUACUGAACUAAGCAGCCAGGGAGAACAAACCAGUGAAAAGUCAUCCCAACCUGAGCAGAGCUCUAUUACCACAUCAAAUCCAUCCUUUGAUACUGUCUCUACACCAGGAUCACAAACACCUCCUCCCAAAACUGCUGCAACUACCACAUUCAGCUCCACAGCAUCAAGAGAAGAUAAAGAAAUGAUGUAUGUUACCCACAUGUGUCUGGCUGUUUUCUUUUGUUUUGCAUUCUGCUUUGCUCCAAUCCUACUACUAAACCUAGCUGACAAACAUGUCCGUGCACCACAGAUACUGUACAUGAUCUGUAUGAACCUUACUUGGCUCAACAGCUGUAUCAACCCAAUGCUCUAUGCUGCCAUGAACCGAAGGUUUCGAAAGGCCUAUGAAAUGCUACUGACUAGUGCUGCUGCUCCACUCACCUACCUCUGGACCUUGAGACAGGCUAAGAGCUCCUAA